GACGGUGCUGGGGAUGAUCGGAGAAUUAAUCUCCUAGUGAAAAGCUUCAUUAAGUGGUGUAACUCUGGAUCCCAAGAGGAAGGAUACAGCCAGUACCAGCGGAUGCUGAGCACGCUGUCUCAGUGUGAGUUCUCAAUGGGCAAAACGCUGCUGGUGUAUGAUAUGAACCUCAGAGAAAUGGAAAACUACGAAAAAAUAUACAAAGAAAUAGAAUGCAGUAUUGCUGGAGCACAUGAAAAAAUUGCUGAGUGUAAAAAGCAGAUUCUUCAAGCAAAACGAAUACGAAAAAAUCGACAAGAAUAUGACGCUUUGGCCAAAGUUAUCCAGCAUCAUCCGGACAGGCAUGAGACACUGAAGGAGCUAGAGGCUCUGGGCAAAGAAUUAGAGCAUCUCUCGCAUAUUAAAGAAAGUGUUGAAGAUAAGCUGGAAUUGAGACGGAAACAAUUUCACGUUCUUCUUAGUACCAUCCAUGAACUUCAACAGACAUUGGAGAAUGACGACAAGCUGUCAGAGGUGGAGGAAGCUCAAGAAAGCACCAUGGAGGCAGACCCUAAGCCGUAGAUGGUGACGUCGCCGUCCGUCCGCCCGCAAGGACAGGCAAUAGCUACAUGGGCUUCCUGGGUUCGAUUUCAACUUCGGCAGUGAAAUACUUUGCUUUCAAAUAUUAAUUCAUGCCUCAUUUGUAUUUCUUCACACAAGGAAAUGUAUCCAUGUAUAUGUAUUUUUUAAAUGCAUUU